CGGAAAAAUAAUUUUAUCUAUGGGUGUUUGCCUGCAUGUGUGUGUGUAAUUGUAAUCUGAGAUUAUAGAUCUGGUGUUUUUUUGCGGAAUGGAAAUUUGUAUUGAUUCAAUAGAGUCGGCUAAAAAUGCUAUAAAAGGUGGCGCUAGCAGACUCGAAGCAUGCUCAGCUUUAUCAGAAGACGGAUUGACGCCAACUCCCGGAUUGAUUCGAUUUAUUAAGAAUUAUUCGGAUGUUCCGGUUUAUGCGAUGAUACGAAUUAGGGCGGGAAAUUUUGUCUACUCUGAAGAAGAGAAGGCAGCGAUGUUGUAUGACUUGCAAAUACUUGACAGCAUUGGAGCUGAUGGUUUUGUAUUCGGAGCUUUGAAAGCCGACAAUUCUGUCGACGUGGAUGUAUGCAAAGAAAUAAUUAACGCGGCGAAAUUCAAACCCGUGACAUUCCAUCGCGCUUUUGAUGAAGUUGCCAAACCUCUUGAAGCGCUAGAACAAGUGAUAAGUCUUGGGUUUAAGAGGGUUUUAACUUCCGGACAGAAAAAUACGGCUCCGGAAGGGCUGGAGUUGAUUAAGGAACUAGUAAAGCAGGCUGGUGACCGCAUUAUCGUAAUGCCAGGAAGUGGUAUCAAUCCUGAUAACAUUUUAUUGAUCAAAGAUACAACUCACGCUAAAGAAUUCCAUGCGUCAGCUAAAAUUCGUUUGGACAUCAAAGAUAAGGGGGAAAAUAAUCGGAAUGGAAAAAAACAAUGCGAGGGCAUUAUGGUAACAUCUGAAGAAAAAGUUAAACAGAUGGUUAAUAUUAUUAAAUCUUUGUAAAAUAUGUCAUUAUACAUUUGUACUCUUUUUUUUUUUUAAAUAAAAAUAUUUUACUACCCGAAUUAUUUUGGAC